AUGGCAAACCAGCUUCCUCCUAAUACCGCAAACGGUGACUCUGAAGAAAUAGUCGCAAAAUUAGUAUCUAGCAAUGAGAAAACAGCUCAAACCUAUGAUAUUCGACCAUCAACUACAAGUGUUACAUUUGGUAGAGCUCCAGGAUCAACCAUUAUUUUGCGAGAUGUUAAAUGUAGUGGCAGACACUGCACAAUAACUAUUGUAAAAGCAAAUGACGACUAUAGCAAUUGCCCGAGGAUGGCGCUAUCUUGCGCCAUCCUCGGGCAAUUCAAAAAAUGACCCCACACGGGAAUCUAAUCCACGUGUGGGGCCAUUUUUGGUACGUGUAAGUCUAUGUAUUACACAUACCAAAAAUGGCCCCACACGUGGGUUCAGUUCCCGUGUGGGGCCGGUUUUUUGAAUUGCCCGAGGAUGGCGCAAAAUAGCGCCAUCCUCGGGCAAUUUCUAUAUGAAUUUUUGAUCGAGGACACUUCAUCAAACGGAACUUUUAUUAAUGGAAAUCUAAUUGGCAGAGGAAAGUCCUCAAAAGCUGCUUUUGGCGACAUUUUGACUAUUCUUAGAGAGGCACAGGUAUGGGAUUUUCCUAUGGAUGGCGCUAUUUUGGCCUUUGAUUUUCCCACUGGGAAAAUUUUUGAGUUUGACCAAACCAUAUGGUACUGGCUAAACCAAAAAAUUUUCCCAGUGGGAAAAUCAAGGCCAAAACAGCGCCAUCCACAGGAAAUUGCAAUAGGUCCAGACGACAAAAUCGAAUUUGUGAUACAGAAACCAACUCAGAAAAGAGCGCGUGAGCCUGAAGAAGACAAAUCCAACAAGAAAUCAAACAUGGACUCAAAGCUAGAAGAAGAAAUAAAAUGCUUAAUAUGUAUGGAAGUAAUGUAUCAGCCUGUCACUUUAUUCCCUUGUCUACACAACUACUGUGGUGGCUGUUUUUCAGACUGAAAGCAGCGGUCUCUUGAGUGCCCUAAUUGUCGUACCAAAGCUAAGGAAGUCAAGAAAAAUCACUUUUUGGUCAAUUUGAUCGAUAUUUUUUUAAAAGAGCAUCCAGAUGCACAACGGCCAGCAGAAGAAUUAAAAGAUCUAGAUGAGCAUAAUGAGUUUAAAGCUGAUAGAGUUAAACUAGCUAAAGACGGAUUUAAUUCAGACGGAAGUGCUUCAUCCGGCGAAGAAGAAGAAAAAAAGACUCCUACAACACCUGCUAGAGGCAGAGGUAGGGGUAAAGGAAUCCAAGGAGGAACAAGACCACUUGCAGUAGCCCAAGCACAGAAUAUCCGCCAAAAUAUAUGCAGACAAUGCCAAAGGCGGGUCGAUAAUUUUCAAUGCCAAGCCAACCAAGCUCAUGUGCAAUGUUCCACAUGUCAUCAAUAUAUGCCAUUAAGGCCUAAUAAUAGACAAAGCUGUGAGGUCUGCAAGAAAUACUUUUGUAAUUUAUAUUGGCAAAGUGGAGCAAAAUGCAGAAAUGGACUUGGAGCAAUAGAGACUUAUACACCGACAACAUUUACAGCGAUCCCUCCAAAAGCAAUUAAUGAGAACAAGUUUGAGCAAACUGUAUUAGGAGACUAUUUAAGGGCUAAAAGAAUAAAUUUCCAAAGGGUGGCAAAUGAAAUGUUGACAGCAAUGGAACAAAACCAGUGGAACAUGAAUUUAAGUAAGAUUAAUGUAGAUGGAAAUCAAGUCAUGCUGCAUAAAAACAGCUUGGUAUGCCCUGAGUGCGCUUUAUCAGUUUGGAACGAAUUAUUAUAUAAAUAUAGAGAAAAAAUCCCACCCAAUGAACUGCCAGCAAUAGUAGGACAAAGACAAGACUGCUGGUAUGGCAGAGAAUGCAGGACACAAAUACAUAACAUUGUCCACGCACAAAAACUAAAUCAUAUUUGCCCACCAGUAAGCUCUAUUUAGACUCGAUUACAGCCUAAGUAA